AUGUGGUCGCCGGACCGGAGCGGGACGCCGUGGUUGCCGGACAAGAUCCACUGGUGGGUGGGCCGCGGGCUCACGCUCCUUGCGAUGAUCAACUGCUUCCUCGGGAUGAAGGCGAAAGAGUGGGGCGCGGCGCCAUACGUCAUUGUCAGCCUGCUCAUGGCAGGCUUUGCAGUUGCGUGCGUUGUGCUUCAGUUCACCAUCGGCGACGUCCACCGCGAUAGCAGCGGCGGUGGCGGCGUCGGCGGUCGAGGCGAGCGCGACUACAUCGAGAUCCGAGAGCAGGUCUGUCUCAGCAUGCGAGUGACAGCAACGCUUUCUCUUGUUGUGGCUAUCCUGGCAAUUGCAAGCGGCACGCCUACGCGGACGUACUCGUCAUGCAGGGUGGUUACCGAGAUUGGAGCGAGCUACAACUACAGGCUGUAUUGGGACACGCUGACCGGCGCUUCGACGUCGAUCAAGAUGGCGAUGGAGGCUGAGGUGGACGGAUGGGUUGGUUUUGGUGUCGGCGGGAGCCCGUUGAUGAGCGGGAUCGACACCCAGGUCGGCAUGAUGACCGGCGGUGGGGCGGUUGUUGACGGAAUGUCGUCGGGGUCAGUCCGACCGACGGCGGAUGGCACCAACGACAACACAGCUGUGGCGGUCAAGAAUGUGGGCGGAGUGCUGACGGCUGAGUUUGAUCGGGUGCUCAACACGGGCGACGGCAACGACAACGUGUGGUUGGCGACCGGGAUCAACUCAGUGGUGGUGGCGGUGGGCACUGGUGGCACACCUACGACGACUGGAUCGUACGGUGGACAUGCGGCGCGGGCGCGGUUCAACCUCGACUUUUCGGUGGCAUCAUCGUGCCCUGCGCCUCCGUCGCCACCGCCGCCGCCGCCACCGGCGCUGCUCGACGGCCUGUCAUGUGCUGUGGUGGGGACCCAGGGUAUGCGUGUGUACUGGCAGCCGAUCACCGGGUCGGACACGGCCGUCACGCUCGGGAUGUCUUUCCCGACCGCAACCGGGUGGCUCGGCUUUGGCUUUGUGCCAGGCGCCACAUCGAUGGCCAACGGUGACUUUGCGUUUGGCUAUCUCGACGGGACCAACCAGAUGGUGCUCGACACGUACCGCGGAGCUGGAUCGGGCGUGGUCUCGAUCGAUUCCACGAACGACUACACCGGCGUGACGGUUGAAAACUCGGGCGGCCUGCUGCAGGCCAAGUUCACGCGCAACCUGGUGACCGGCGACGGGCAGGACCGCGACAUUGUGGCGGGCAACAACCUUGUGGCAUGGGCAUUCAACUCGGACACUAAUCCUUCGAAUCCGCCGGUCGACGGCGAUUACCACACGGCGCGCGGAACCACGACGCUCAACUUUACGGCCACCGCCGUCUGUCCGCCGCCGCCGCCGCCGCCGCCACCGGCCGCCACGGCUCAGAUCGACCUCACGGAUGCAUUUACCUUUUCGGACGGCCCGUUCACGAUGCGAUUCAAGGUCGACACCGUCAACAACCGGGUCUCGUUUGCGCUCUCCAAGUCUGGCUCGGCCGGAUACGUGGCAAUGUGCUUUACCCAGAGCGCCGGAGUCAUGGGCCCGGGCGACUCGUACGUGGCGUUUGCGUCGUCGGCAGCAUCGGGUGGGUACGUGGUCUCGGAUCGGCAGAAUCCCAGCGGCAAGUCGGCGCCGCCGGCGGAUGCCAAGCAGGACGUGCUCGGCGUGAGCGGGUCAGAGACUGGUGGAGUGAUGACGGUCGAGUUUGUGCGGGCGCUCGACACUGGCGACAACGGCGAUGUAGUCAUCAACGACGCCGACAUCAACAUUGUCUGGGCGAUUUCCGACAGCGCGACGCCAGGCGGCGGAGCCGGGUCGGCGACGUCGGGGGUGAGCAAGCACGCCACAACGUCGACGGCUGCGAUCAAGAUCAACUUUUUCACCGGCAAGGUGUCCAAGGACGACCUUCGCGAGAAGCUCAUCAAGGCGCACGCGUGGAUGAUGAUCAUCUCGUGGGUGGUGCUCAUUCCUGUGGGCAUUGUGGUGGCGCGAUUCCUCAAGGACAAGCUCGGAGUGUGGUGGUUCCGUGUCCACCGGUUCACACAGUGGAUGGCGGUGCUGGCGACGUUUGCGGCGUUUGGGAUGGCGAUCUGGUUCACCAACGAGGACUUUAAGGGCGAGAACAAGAGCCACAAGCUCAUCGGACUUGCUGUCGUGCUUGUAGCGUUCCUGGAGCCUGUUCUCGGCGAGCUCUCGAACCUGAUGUGGUCGCCGGACCGGAGCGGGACGCCGUGGUUCCCGGACAAGAUCCACUGGUGGGUGGGCCGCGGGCUCACGCUCCUUGCGAUGAUCAACUGCUUCCUCGGGAUGAAGGCGAAAGAGUGGGGCGCGGCGCCAUACGUCAUUGUCAGCCUGCUCGUGGCAGGCUUUGCAGUUGCGUGCGUUGUGCUUCAGUUCACCAUCGGCGACGUCCACCACGAUGCCGGCAACGACAAGGAGAUGGACGAUUUGUGAGUCGCAGCUCGGGCUUGAUCACUUUACUAAAUGACACUUUGUUUUUUGCAGA